AUAAUAUUAAAAAAUAUUUCAGGGGUCAUCUGAAAUCUGUAGAUAACAUGAAUGUGGAGAAGACUGAUCAAAUUACCGAACCUCUACCAAGGAAUGUUAAAGCCACUACUAAGUUUUCUCUGAGUAAUGAUUGUGAUAAUUCUUCAAGAAUUGAAAUAUCAUAUGCACCUAUUCAUCAUGGUCUAUUGAUCAACUUGUUAUGUGAAGAUAAAUCUACACAAACAGACUUCGGUGAUAUUUUUGAAGUCCCUCAGAUGUUCAGAUCUGACGAGAACCUGAGUCAUUUCACAGGUAUAAACCACCAGCAGUUGAAAGUAUUGGCUGUCCUUUCAAAAAAAUUGGCAGUGGAAAAGGGCAUUUUGGAGAAAAAUAUCAAAUUGUGGUUAAUUCUUGUAUUAUGCAAAUUAAAGACAAAUUUAACGUUUGAUUGCUUGGGAAUACUAUUGGGAACAGGUACUUCUUUAUGCUCGAAAAUGUUCUAUUCCAUGAUAAGUAUUCUGGCCAGAAGUGUUAAACCAGGAAUUCAUUGGCCAACGAGAGAAUAUGUAUUGAAGAAUACGCCCAAGUGUUUUAAUAUGUUUCCUAAUACCAGAGUGGUCUUGGAUAGCAUUGAAGUUGCAGUUCUCAGGUUGAAAUGUUUAAACUGUAGAGAUGUAACUGAUUCGCACUACAAGAGUAAGCACACAAUGAAGUUUUUGAUAGGCAUUACCCCUUCUGGAGUAAUAACGUUCGUUAGUAGUGCUUAUAGAGGACAUAUCUCUGAAAAGGAUAUUUUUCACAAUGAGGAGCUUAUAAAAAAACUAGAAGCAUAUGAUGCGAUUAUGGUAGGUGAGGACUUAUUAAUUGAAAAAGAAUGCGAGCAACAUUUUGUGGAAGUGUUUCAACCUCCGAUCCUUCGAAAUAGAAACCAAUUAUCUAAAGAUGAAGAGGAACUCGCUGCUCGAAUAGCGAAAGCCAGAGUGUAUGUUGACAUGGCAGUUGAAGGAAUUAAAAAUUUUGCAAUUCUAAAUGAACAGAUUGACUGCUACACAGUACCGUACAUUGACGACAUUAUGACUGUGGUUGCUGUACUUGUAAACUUGACCCUUCCCAUAAUUGCGAGUUGAAGAUUCUAACCACAUAAAAUCCCACAAACCCACAAAGAUCAGUGGUUCUCUUUCAGAUACUCUUGCCAUCAAGUGGAUACUUAAUAUAUACGGAUAUAUUUUUCCAACUGAUGUUGGAAAAUCAGUGUGGACACUUCAAAGAGAAUAUUGAGAAAAAGGGCAGGUAGAUAUUAUUGAAAAGUGCCUUAAUAUUAAAUAUGUAUAUACUUUCCGAAACCGCAAUCAAUAUUUAAUUGAGUUUGUGUUGCAAAAAAUGUGAUGAGUAUGAAUAAAUUAUUUUAUGUUAUUUUUUAGCAA